UUGAGUUGAACACUUCGUGGCCAUGGAGUUUAAAUUAUUCUGUUGUUUAGUAUUUGUUUUAGUAAUUCGAACGAAAUUUGUGAAUUCUGCUAAGCAUUAUGAACAUAUCAACGAUUGCUACUUGUAUGACGCUGGUAUGGCGUUUGGAAAUGACAAUGUGACAUUCAUUUGUGCGGAAAUUAGUCGUGAAAAUAUCGUUUUCCCUCAACCUUUAAGAUUCAGAUGCUCCAACAAGAACUAUGCAAAUUCUCUUGUCUUUGAUUGGCCAGGAAAUAUAAAUUUCAAAAACUGCCAGUUUAAACUGUUGAAGAGAAAUUACUUCAAAGACUUUCCGAAUAUGCAAACGAUCGAUUUUUCUGAUGUUGGUUUGGAAGUCCUACAAAGGGAUAUAUUUAGUGAAGCAACGAAUGUAACUACUCUGAAUGUAUCACGAAAUAAUUUGAAGGAGAUCCCAUCGCUUAUUUUUGUGAACGCCAAAAAACUUAGUCAUGUGGAUAUUUCCUGCAAUAAAAUUGUGCAAAUCGAUGCUGUGGCUUUUGCGGGUGCAACUAAAAUCGAAUCCAUCGAUCUCUCGCAAAACGAUCUUAGCAGCCUCGAUGAACAAGUAUUCAAGGGUUUGUCGAGCCUAAAAAUGCUGAAUUUAUCGUACAAUAAAUUUACUGAACUCAAUUCGCAUAAUCUAUCUAUGCUCAAUUUGUUGAAACUGGAUGUUUCACACAAUAAUUUAACCCGCAUAGGAGAACAUACAUUCGACGAAUUAAGUGAAUUACAACUAUUGGAUUUAUCAUUCAAUCCGAUUGGCGAUUUGAAAAUUGACACAUUCAUUCACGUCCUGAAGCUGAAGCAUUUGAAUUUAAGGCGAACAAACAUAUCGUCCAUUCAAAUUGGAACGUUUUCACAUCAGCUGCAUUUAGUUACGUUGGAAUUGUCGGACAACGCUUUAAAAACAUUGAACUUUAAGCUAUUCUAUCCAAUUCAACAUGAUCUUCGUACUCUUUACAUCAGUGGAAACCAACUUUCAGAUUUGAAUGGUUUUCGAAACGCUCUGUUUCCACAGUUGACUUCGCUUGAUAUCAAAAACAAUCAGUUCAAUUGCACGUAUUUGACACAUUUCAUGGAAUCCAUCAAUUGGGAGAAAAUACAUCUUCAGGUUGACCCACAUUCAAUAAAUCCACAAGUAAGCAGCAUCCGAGGAAUUAACUGUGAAGUUGUUGCGGGCCAGGAAUCAUCUGAUGAUAAUUCAAAAUUACAACACAAAUCUAAUGAUGAUAUACUCAUAAAAAUUACGUUGGUUUUACUUUGCAUAAUAAUGUUGACAUUUUUGGUCAUAUUCGUAACAUUAAAUCGCAAGCGAAUCUUUGAUAAGAGUUUUUGUUACUGGAAAAAUUCAACCAGUAAUGGUCAAAUAGCAACAGAUAGAGUUGAAUAUUGUAAGGAAGACCGUGGCAAUAAUAAGUAUGGACAUGACAAUGUGACAUUCAUUUGUGCGGAAAUUAAUGGUGAAAAUAUCGUUUUCCCUGAUCCCAAUAAUUUCAAUUGUUCAAAUUUCUGUCGACCUGUUCACUUUAAUUGGCCAGGCACUAUAAACUUCGAAAACUGUCGGUUCAAUGAGUUAAAGAGAAAUUUUUUCAAAGACUUUCAAUAUGUGCAUACGGCCAAUUUGUCUGAUCUGGGCUUGGAAGCUCUACAAACUGAUAUAUUUAAUCAAGCGACGAAAUUAACUUUUUUGGAUGUAUCAAAAAAUAACAUAAAGGAGAUCCCAUCGCUGAUAUUUAUGAAUGCAAAAACUCUUACUCAUGUGGAUUUUUCCUGCAAUAAAAUUGUGCAAAUCGAUGCUGUGGCUUUUUCGGGUGCAACUAAAAUCGAACACUUGGAUCUUUCGCGAAAUAAUUUAACGCAUAUUAAAGAACACACCUUCGAUAAAUUAAGUGAAUUAAAACUAUUGAAUUUAUCAUUCAAUUCGAUUGGCGAUUUAAAAAUUGACACAUUCAUUCACCUUUUGAAACCAACGAACACAUCAUCCGUUCAAGCUGGAACACUUUUACAUCAAUCGCAUUUAGUUACGUUGGACUUGUCGGAAAACGCUUUGAAAACAUUGGAUUUCACGCUACACUAUCCAAUUCAAUACGAACUUCGUACUCUUAAUAUUAGCAAAAACCAACUAUCUAGUUUGAAUGGUUUUCGAAACUCUCUGUUUCCACAGUUGACCUCGCUUGAUAUAAAAAACAAUCGGUUCAAUUGCACGUAUUUGAGACAUUUCAUGGAAUCCAUCAACUGGGAAGAUAUUCGUCUUCCGAUUGACUCACAUUCAAUGAAUCCACAAUCUUCUUCAAAUCAUUCGUUCGUUCAUAAGAUUCACUUUCGAUCCUCGUACAUAGAUAUGGAUUUAAAAACAUUCUACGCGUUAGUGUGUUUGUUCGUAAGUUUACCGAUUUUUGCGUUCUGCGUUGAAAAAUACGAGCAUAUUAGUGAUUGUCACUUCUAUGAUCGUUCAGUGGUGACUGGAAUCGAUAAUGUGACCUUUAUUUGUGCCAAAUAUGACAACGAGAAUGGUGUUUUUAUUGACCAGGCGCGAUUUAAAUGUUCAAAUCAUCAUCGAAAUGUGUACGAUUACUAUCCGGGAACGAUAGACUUUCGAAAUUGUCGAUUUUCAAAACUCGGUAGAAAUUUUUUCAAGCAAUUUCCUCGGAUGCACACAUUCGUCAUGACAAAUCUGGAAUUAAAAACGCUCGAGGCGAAAAUAUUCAGCGAAGCAAAGAAUAUCACCACUUUAAUCGCAUCGAACAAUCAAAUCGCAGAAAUACCCGCUAUUCUCUUUGCCAACGCAAAGCGACUUAUCUCCGCUGAUUUCUCGAAUAAUUCCAUCGAACGAGUCGACCGUUUGGGUUUCACGGGUGCUAGCAGUCUCGAAACAUUGGAUUUAUCGCAAAACGCACUUACAUCGCUCGCUGCUGACGUUUUCAUCGAUCAAACGAGCUUAAAAGUCCUGAAUUUAUCAUACAAUCAAAUCAAUGAACUUGAACCACAAACCCUAUCCACGCACAAUCUAUUGACAUUGGAUUUAUCAAACAACGAGUUGACGAACCUAAAAGAAAACACAUUCUAUCAAAUUAUUUCGUUAAAAAGCUUGAAUUUGUCCGAUAAUCCAAUUGAAAGUUUGGAAAUUGGUACAUUCAAUUUUGUACCGAAUUUAGAAGUGUUGAACUUGAGACGAACGAAUUUAUCCAGCAUUCAGUUCGGAACAUUUUCCCAUCAACAUAAAUUGAUUUCGUUGGAUUUAUCUGAAAAUCUUCUGAAACAAUUGGAUUUUAACCUUUUCAUGCCGAUUAUGCAUGAUCUACGAUCACUCGAAUUGGACGGAAAUCAACUAACUGAUUUGGAUGGUUUUGGAAAUGCACUGUUCCCACAAUUGGAACUGUUGGAUAUCAAGAAUAACAAUUUCAAUUGCUCAUAUUUGAUUCAGUUCAUGAAGACCAUCAGCUGGGAAAAGAUUCGUCUUCCAGUUGAUCCAACAGCAGUUACGCAAGGUCAAACGCACGUUCGCGGAAUUAGAUGCGAAAUUGUAAAUCCAAAUAAUAUUCCUGAUGCAGAAGAAAUUGAUGAAGCUGCAAAUGAAGCCAUGACUAAGGAUGGAAAUGCUCAAUCGAAUGAUUAUGUUUUCACAAAUUUUUUUAUGAUUUUUAUGUGCGUUGUCAUGCUGACGUUUCUCGUAGUAUAUUUGACCUUGAAUAUAGAUCAAAUUCGCCAUCACCUUCGCAGAUCCAAUCAUUCUCGCCCAUUGAACGGAAGACUAUCGUCCGCAGCACUCAAUUUUGAUUAUGCAAAUGAAGACAGUAUUCAUUGA